AUGGAUGCAUGGGAUCUUCGAACAGGUCGUUGUAUUAUGCUUUUAAAAGGUCAUCUUAAACCAGUAUUAUCUAUUGAUUUUUCACCAAAUGGAUAUCAUAUAGCAACUGGUUCUGAAAAUAAUUCAUGUAAAAUUUGGGAUUUAAGUCAAAUUAAAAAUGUUUAUAGUAUUGCUGCUCAUCAAAAUUUAGUUUCAACUGUUAAAUUUCAACUUACUGAAGAACAUGAUUUAGUAACUGUUUCUUAUGAUAAUACAAUUAAAUUAUGGAUGCAUCCGAUAUGGUCAGCAUUUUAUUCUUCAACAGAUCAUGCACAAAAAAUAAUGUCAGCUGAUUUAUCUUAUGUUGGACAAUGGAUUGAAACUGUUUCUUAUGAUUGUACAUUUAAAAUUUGGUCAGCUGAACAAAUUCGUGAUAGACGUUUUUCUUUGUUCUUAUUAAUAAUUUUUUUUUCUUGA